AUGGUGCUAAGAGUGGCAAAACUCACUGACAAUGUCGACUACGAUGACGGCGAAACCUCUGGGAAUGUACUACGUCCACGGUCCGACUUUGGAAUUGAUCAUGCAUACAAUGGACUCCAGACUAGGUGCGUUCCUCCAAGUCUUCCUGCCAAUAUGACAAAGUUGCGAAAACAAGCUCAAACAACUUUCAUAUAA